AUGGAAAUCUUGGAGAAGUUAUGUGUACCUAAGAGUGAAGGUGGUAUGGGAUUUAAGAGAUUGAGGGUGUUCAAUCUAGCUCUACUUGGGAAACAGGCGUGGAGGUUCCUUGUUCAUCCUAAUGUUUUAGUGUCCCAAAUUUUCAAAGCUAAAUAUUACCCAAACUUUUCCUUUUCAAAAGCUUCUUUCGGGUCAAAUCCAAGUCUUAUUUGGAGAGGGAUUCAUGAAACACAAAAUCUGAUUUGUUCUGGUUUAAAGUAUACAGUGGGAAAUGGUGAAUCAAUAUCCAUUUGGAGAGACUUCUGGAUUUUUGAUGAGUUAUUUGGGGAAGAAAUUCGGCGGCAUAUAUUACGUAUUUCGAUAAGCAACAAAACUGUCUCAGAUAGGUUAGCUUGGUUGUUUGAGGAUCGAAGUAUCUACACAGUUAAGAGCUACUAUAAAAGACUCAGUAAUGUUGCUGAAGUUGGCCAUAAUAUUUUAUGGAAGCACUUGGUUAACCUUGCUGCUCGCCGGGUCACUUUGGACAGCCGUUGUCGUAUUUGCCAUCUGAAUGAGGAAACCUUGAUGCAUACUUUGAUUGACUAUGGUAUUGCGAAUGAUUGUUGGUCGGUGGCAAAUUUGGGUAUGAUGCUGAGAGGUUUUUCAUCUUUCAAAGAAGUUCUGUUGCACUUCUUUGAGAAUGAUUCUACUGAUAAUUGUAACUAUAUGGCUAUGAUAUGUUGGCAACUUUGGAAAAACCGCAAUUCGAUAGUAUGGAAGAACUUUGGAAUGACAACACGCUCCAUUGUCAAUCUGGCUGGACGCAAACUUUAUGAAUGGUCCUCAUCUCGUGUCAACUUAACUGUCAAGCUCCUCAAGCAGCAGAAGGAAUGGGGGAAGCAAGCUGGACAAAACCCUUCUCUGGAAAGCUAA